GCAGCGCUGGUGGCGCUGGGUAGCGCGCUACACGCUUCUGCGUUGUUCUGCGUUCGGUAUGCGUGUUGAUAAAAGUUGAAUAUAACAAAAAUCAAAAUGGGGUUAAACCGAUUUGUAUUAAAAAUCAGACACUUGUUGUGUAUAUGUGUAACGAGUAUUUUUCUUCUAUCCAUAGUAUCGGGCGAAAGUGAGCCUCGGUACGAAGACAAGUAUCAAAUACUAAUAACAUCAGCGAAACCCGAUGAUGUGACGAUACCUCAACCCAAGGAUAACCUUGGUUUUUUACAUGCAUUUAUAGCUUCCGUGUCAGUUAUUGUUGUCUCCGAGUUGGGUGACAAAACUUUUUUCAUUGCCGCUAUUAUGGCAAUGAAACAUCCACGACUGAUAGUCUUUGUAGGUGCAAUUAGUGCCUUAGCCCUCAUGACUAUCCUUUCAGUUGUUUUUGGAUAUGCUGCAACUAUAAUUCCUCGAGUCUAUACAUAUUAUAUUUCUACUGCACUUUUUGCUAUAUUUGGUUUUAAAAUGUUACGAGAUGGUUAUUACAUGUCGACAACCGAAGGACAAGAAGAAUUAGAAGAAGUACAAUCUGAUUUGAGAAAGCGUGAAGAUGAGUAUGAAAAGGAAACAGGGAGCACAUUAGUGCAGGAUCCAGAAACUGGUGUUAUUAGAAGAACUGCAAAAAUUAAUGCACUGAUGCUCCUUUCUAGGAUAUUUUUUCAAGCAUUUACUCUGACGUUUCUAGCAGAGUGGGGAGAUCGUUCACAACUUACAACCAUUAUACUUGCAGCCAGAGAGGACGUUUAUGGAGUAGUAAUAGGUGGAAUACUUGGACAUUCAUUCUGUACAGGAUUAGCAGUAUUGGGAGGUAGAAUGAUAGCUCAAAAAAUUUCAGUACGAACAGUGACCAUAAUCGGUGGAUUAGUGUUCCUACUAUUUGCCUUAACAGCACUGUUCAUCAGCUCGACAGAAAGCACGUAA